CAAUUCGCUAAACUCGUUAGAGCAGAAAAUAUUUGAUCACUACGCUCAUUUUCUUUGUCCAAUUAUUUUCUCUGACGAGGCAUGACUGCAACAAGUGAAAACGACGAAUCAUUUAGAGAAGCAGCGUGCAAUGGUGACAAAGACUCAUUAAAAAAACUCUUGGAGACAUUCUCUAUCGAUGUCAAUUCUCAGAAUCCUGUAAACGGGUGGUCUGCGCUACACUGGGGUUGUAAAAGAAAUCACAAAGGUGUCGUAGAGUUCCUUUUACAAAAAGGUGCAAAUAAAGACUUACUUACAGCAAAAGGGGAAAAGCCUGUAGAUUUAACAACAAGUGAGGACUUAUUUAAUCUGCUUGGUGGUUCAGGAAAUCGCAUAGCUAUCCUAAAAAAAGACGAGGCAAGCUUUACACCGAAUUAUCUAUCAAAUCCAGUUUUUCCAUAUACACAACCAGUGGCAGAUCUAGAGAGUACCAAUCAGAACGGAGUUGACUCAGUUCAUACUCAUCAAAAAAGUAUAGAAGUGAAAAAUACAGCACCAAUUAUUCAUACUCAACAAAAAACUACAGCACCAACCAUGCAAGGUUUAAAUGAGAAUGAACUGGUUCUGAAAAUAAGAGUUGCUUAUUUAGAUGAUCGAGAUUUUAUUGAGGUCGAAAUGGAUAAAUCAAAUUUGACAUAUGAAUCGCUAAAAUCAGUUCUGUGUAAAGAAUUAGGAGUCGAACGAAGAUUGAUAAACAAGAUCAGAAAACUACCCAAUACAAUUUUAAGGAAAGACAAAGAUGUUCAACGAUUAUGUGAUUUUCAGGAACUUGAAGUAGUUCUUACAAAUAAAGUUCCACCAGCAGGGGCAGGGAUGAGAGGAUUAGCAGCUCCAAUCAAAAAUCAAGAGGUUCUUUAUUGACAGUUGUGACAUUUACUAGCAUGACUAGUAACAGUUUUAUCUAUUUCUAGAUGUAAAUGUCUAUUUAAUUUUGUAAUUUACACAAGAGGGAAUAAAUUAUUAUUAUGAAAUUAUACGCAUCAUGAUCAUGAUAUGUU